UCCAAGGAACGCCGUACACCUCAGUCGCAUUCCACUAAAUUCCAUACCUCAGCGAUCAGCCAGCGUAUGCCUUGGCAUGUGCCAUGUGCUCUCUUCUCGAUUGAUCCCCAAAUUCAUUCUGUUAUCUGUAACCCAUCUUCAACUCUAUAAUUGCAAUCCCAUAUCAAACACCUUCAUUAAAAAAAUCCCACCUUUUUAACUCAAUGGAGUCGGUAGUUACUCCCAUGGCUAUGAUUUCUCUUCCUUUCUCCUUGAAUGGAACGGGAACGGGAACUGUACCAGCAACAACUGAGGUUGCCCAAAAGCACGUUUAUUCGGUGUGGGCGGUUCCACCGGAAGACGUUGCGGACAGGUUGAAGAAAUUGAUGGACGGUCUGAGAUCGGAGUUCGGCGGUCCCCAGUUCCAGCCGCAUGUAACUGUAGUGGGAGCCAUUCGUUUAACGGAGCAGGACGCGUUGGAGAAGUUUCGAUCUGCUUGUGAUGGGCUUAAGGCUUAUACUGCCACGGUCGAUCGAGUGGCCACCGGAAUUUUCUUUUAUCAGUGCGUUUAUUUGCUCCUCCAUCCAACGCCUGAGGUAGUGGAAGCUAGUGAACACUGUAUUGGGCAUUUUGGGUAUAAGCGUUCUACUCCCUACAUGCCUCAUCUUAGUCUCCUAUAUGGAGAUCUAAAGGAUGAUGAUAAGAAGAAGGCUGAAGAAAAGGCUAAUAUUCUUGAUGAGAGCAUCAAUGGUCUGAGCUUCCAGGUAAGCUGCCUUGCGCUGUGGAAAACAGAUACUGAGGACAUAUCCUUGAAGUCGUGGGAGAAGAUUGCAGAAUGUACCCUCAGCUCCAACUAGUUCUCGUCUAUUUUAACACUUCCAAUUCGCAAUAAAACCUACUAGAUGUGCUCUUCUCUUACAUAUGCCUUUUGACAAUAUGGAAAUGAAGUCGAUCUGUAAAUGUACUCACCACCCCCUAAUCUAGGGUCCUGUUAUGUUCCAAUAAUCGUGAAUGUUAUUAUUGCAAAUAUAAUAUACAGCUUUAUGUA